AUGACUGAGCAACGAUUGGUCCGGCUCUCUACAGAACACCCAACCAGCACGAUCUAUGUGCUUGACACAGAAAUCUCCCUCGAUGUCUGCGGGUCAGCCCCUGCUGAAGCCACCGGCUUUGAUGUCUGGGGGACGUCUGGUGUGAACCUCUACAUUGUCCACAAUGGGGAAGUUUUGAAGAUUCCAUCCUGUGUGCCCCGGUGGCCCCUCGACAGCCGGGUGGAGGUGAUCGUCACCAUGGACACUCCAAGCACUGAAGUGAAUGAAGACAAGGUCAGAAUUUCAUACUACAAGGGAAAUGAGAAGACGCCCAUGGCCAAAGCGAUCCUCCAUCUCACCUGCGUCGAAAUCUCCUUAGAUGCUGACAUAAACCGUACAGGAAGCGUGACCAGGAGGGGAAAAAACAAGAACAAAUGGACCUGGGGUCCCAAUGGUAAAGGAGCCAUCCUCUUGGUGAACUGUGACAAAGAUAACCAGAUGGCAAAGGACAUGGAUAACAAGGAUCAGUCACUGAAAUCAUUUGCAGACCUCAAAGACAUGUCGCUCAUGAUCCUGACAACCCGUGGGCCCAAUGAGAUUUUCGAUGAACUUCAGCUUUGUCUCCAUAUCUCAGCCUCUGACAAUGACAAAGUGGGCGUCUUUCAUGCUCAGUGCUCAAAAAUGCUGAGCAAGUACAAGCACAUUCUGGGGUCCGGGAAGCUCUGGCAUGAGGUGAACCGUUGCAGCGGCCAAGAUGCGCAUCUUUUCUACGUGGAAGGGCUGGCUUUUCCAGACGUUGGCUUCGCAGGGCUCGUCUCCUUCCAUGCCACGCUGCUGGAGGCCACCACCGAGGAGUUGCCGUGCGUUCCAAUCUUCAAUGACACUGUGGUCUUCCGCAUUGCUCCAUGGAUCAUGACACCCAACACACUGCAGCCCAUGACCGUUUACGUCUGCAGUUCACAAAACAACAUGGAUUUCGUGGCAGAUGUGAAGAAGCUCUCCGAAAAAGCUGGAUGCAAAGUAGUCAUCUGUUCAGCAGAGGAGUAUGAGAAUGACGUCUGGUUCCAGGAUGAGAUGGAAUUUGGCUAUGUACAAGCUCCCCAUAAGACGUUUCCGGUCGUCUUCGACUCCCCAAGAAACGGUGGGCUGAACGCUUUCCCUUUUAAGUCAGUUCUGGGCCCGGAUUUUGGUUAUGUGACUCGGGAACCAGUUCCCAGGACUUUCUCCAGCCUGGACUCAUUUGGGAACCUUGAAGUCAGUCCUCCAGUGACCGUCAGGGGCCGGGAGUACCCUCUGGGCCGGAUUCUCAUCGGGAGCUACUUUCCUCGGGUCCAAGGCAAUGAGAUGGUCAAGGUUGUCCAGGAUUUCCUCUAUGCCCAGGAAGUACAAUCUCCCAUCGAACUGUAUUCUGAUUGGCUGGUCGUGGGACAUGUGGACGAGUUCUUGAGCUUUGUACCAGCCUCUGAUAGAAAGGGUUUCCGCCUGCUGCUAGCCAGCCCAAGCGCCUGCUUCAAGCUGCUGAAGGAGAAGGAGAAGGAGGGUUAUGGAGAUGCUGUGAUAUUUGAGGGGCUGUCAGGAAAAACCGAAACCACCAUCAAGAAGAUCCUUGCUGACAAGUCCUUCAGGAACACCAAUGAAUAUUUCCAGAAAUGCAUUGACUGGAACAGAAACGUCCUCAAAGAGGAGCUGGGCCUGACGGAAGAAGAUAUCAUUGACAUUCCAGAGUUCUUUGAAAUGGAUUCUGAGGGCAAAGCACAGGCCUACUUUCCGGACAUGGUGAACAUGAUUGUUCUGGGGAAAUACCUGGGUAUCCCGAAACCUUUUGGACCUGUUAUUCACGAACACUGCGCCCUGGAAGAGGAGGUCCGUCGCCUCCUUGAGCCGCUGGGAUUGUCCUGCACAUUCAUUGAUGACAUGGAAACCUAUCACAGACACCAAGGAGAAGUCCACUGUGGGACCAAUGCUCGCCGGAAGCCCUUCACCUUCAAGUGGUGGAACAUGACCCCUUGA